UAGAGGCGCAUAGACCAGACUCCAGAGCCCUUCAAGACGAAGAGGCCUCGCCUUUCUAGCUAAAGCUAAGCUACCUUGAGGAAAUGGCCGCGGCGACUGGCAUGAUCAUGCUGGCGGCGACUGGCAUGAUCAUGCUGGCGGCGCUGGCGAUCCUCACUCCGUCCGCCCGAGGGCUCGACCGCGCCGAUUUCCCGCCGGUGUUCCUCUUCGGCGUCGCGACGUCUGCUUACCAGAUCGAGGGCGCGUACCUGGAGGACGGCAAGGGCCUCAGCAACUGGGAUGUGUUCACCCACACACCUAGAAGAAUUAAGGAUGGACGGAAUGGGGACAUAGCGGAUGAUCACUACCAUCGUUACAUGGAGGACGUGGAGAUUAUACAUAGUUUGGGGGUCGACUCCUACAGGUUCUCAAUCUCAUGGGCGAGAAUCCUACCAAGAGGUCAGCUUGGAGGCGUUAAUUCAGCCGGAAUAGCCUUCUAUGACCGCCUGAUCACGGCACUCCUUCAGAAAGGGAUAGAGCCGUUCGUGACACUGCAUCACUUUGACAUGCCGCAAGAACUGGAGACCCGGUACGGCAGUUGGCUGGGCGCUGGAAUCAGGGAGGAGUUCGGCUACUACGCGGACGUGUGCUUCAAGGCGUUCGGCGACCGGGUCAGGUUCUGGACCACCUUCAACGAGCCCAACCUGUUCGCCAAGUUCGCCUACAUGCUGGGCAACUACCCUCCCGCGCACUGCUCACCGCCGUUCGGGACCUGCAACAGUGGGAACUCUCGCCGGGAGCCCUACGUCGCGGCUCACAACAUGCUGCUGUCGCAUGCUGCCGCCGUCGAGAACUACAAGAAGAAUUACCAGGCAACGCAAGGCGGAUCGAUCGGGAUUGUGAUCGCGAUGAAAUGGUAUGAGCCGCUGACCAACUCCACCGAGGAUAUCUUGGCAGCAAGACGGGCGUUGUCCUUCGAGGUGGAUUGGUUUCUGGAUCCGAUAUUCUUUGGUGACUAUCCCAGAGAAAUGUGUGAGAUGUUAUCAUCAAACUUACCAAAGUUUACCUCAGAAGAGAAGAGGCUGCUACGGAAGAACAACGCAGAUUUUAUCGGGCUAAAUCAUUACACAUCGAUUUACGCCAAGGAUUGCAUCUCUUCUCCAUGCGACCUUGAGACUUAUGAGGGAAAUGCGCUGGUGCAAGCUGUAGGUGAAAGAGACGGCGUGACAAUUGGAAAACCAACUGCAAUUCAUGGUUACUAUGAUGUUCCGGAAGGUAUGGAGCUAAUCGUCAAGUAUGUCAAUCAGAGAUACAAGAACACGCCUGUCUAUGUUACCGAAAAUGGCUACUCGCAGUUUAGUGACAAUAGUAUGGAGGACUUGAUCAAUGACGUUGGAAGAGUAAACUACCUCCAGGGCUAUCUCACAAGCAUCUCUUCAGCAGUCAGGAGAGGAGCAAACGUGAGUGGCUACUUCGUGUGGAGUCUCAUGGACAACUUCGAGUGGCGUUUUGGUUUCACCAUGAGGUUUGGGUUGUAUCAUGUAGAUUUUGAAACGCGGGAGAGGACUCCAAAAAUGUCAGGGAAUUGGUACCGUGACUUCCUCACGGGGUCUAGGCCGGUCGACCAAGCCCACACCCUGAGAGAAGAUUCAUGAUACUUGCAAUCAUUAUUGUCACAUCUAGUUACCCAUAAAAAGAAACUGUUGGAUCCAAGGAUAAUCGGCUACAUAUUGUUCCAACACUUCUCUAUAGCGUCUUAUCCUAGAAACAUGUAUUUAGGGUGAUUUUUUUCUUUCGAAAAGGGUAUGGCCUCAGCCUCUGCAUAAUAACAAUGCACACGACCAGUAAAUUUAGGGUGGUGUCUUAUCGUUGGAGAAAUGGCCCGUACAUGUGGCGUACCGGCUUUGUGGGUUCACAUAGCAUGCAUGAUCUUUCUUUAAUACUUUUGAAUCAUGUACCAAUGAUCUCAUGAUACGCACACUCGUGUGCAUUCGAGAAAAUGUAUUGAUGAUCUCGAAUAAAUGGAAUCAGGGUUCCAAUCA